AUGACAUACGAAGAAAAAAGCUUAUGCCUAACUGAAGACGUUUCGACAAAUCCACAUGUAAAAUGGGCUCAAAAAAAAGACUCUAUACUUUUGACAAUUGCUGUUCAAGAUAUUGAAAAACCUGAGAUUCAAAUUGAACCAGCGAAACUUCAUUUCAAAGGGAAACAGAAAGAAGGUCCGUCAUAUGACACUACACUCGAGUUUUUUGAAGAAAUCGAUCCACAAGUAUCAAAAUACAGAAGUGUUGGUCAGAGUCAUUGGGAAUUCAUGUUGAAGAAGAAAGAUACAUCGAAACCAUUCUGGAAACGUCUAGUCAAACCAACAAAUAAAGUUUCAUGGAUAACCGUUGACUGGGAUAAAUACAAUGACGACGGCAAUGACGAAGAUGAUAUGGAAGCCGGUGCCGAUGGAAAAGAUUGGGGUGAUUUAGAUGGUAUGUUCAAACAAAUGGGUGGCGCAGGUGGAAUGGGCAAUUACGGUAAACAAGCAGAUUUAAAUGAUUUAGAUGAUGAAAAUGAAAUGGAUAGUGAUGAUGAAGCUUUACCAGAUCUAGAAGAUGUUCCUAAAGAUAGUGAAGAACAAAAAAAGGAUGUACAGGAAAUAAAACCAACAACAAUAUAA